CAUUUGAAAGGUCCCUCAAAGAUGUGGAUGGUGAAUGGUUUUUGAUUAUUUGAGGGAAUGAAACGUAAAAAGUGGAGCUGCAUGAACCAAUCAUAUGCCCUUUGGGAUUCCUGAAAAUCACAGAAGAGUGCAUAAUAUCUAUAGCUCCAGGGACGACUGCUGCUAAAUGAAGAGUCCUUAAUUUAGACAUUUUUCAACUAGACUUAGACAGUGCGCGUCCAGAUUAGCUGUCGCGAAAAUUGACCAAGAAAAAGCGUAGAGAAAGCCUCUCGUGCUCUGCUUCUUGCGAAACACAACCCAAGUCGAGGGAGUAUUGAUGGUGGUUCUAACAAGUUUUCAAGCAGUCCAAGUCCAUAACCAAGCAGCAGCAAUAAAGUGUGGUUACCACCCAAGACUACGCCUUAAAAAUGGAACUGUUAGCAUAAGGUGUGGGAUUGCAGAGCCAUCAGGAGAGCCAGCACCAUUCGGGCAGAAGACAAAAUACAAGGAUGGUUUCUUUGAGAAGGCUUUCAUGACGCUCUUCGCCCGCAAAAUGGAGAAAUUUGCUGCCAAAUCCAACAAAGAUGGGACGCCAGUAGAGAAGAAGGGUUGGUUUGAUUAUGACUAUGAAAGCUUUGUGGACGUCUCUAAGAGAGUGAUUCAAGGUAGGAAUCGCACGCAACAGCAGCAAGUGGUUCGAGAGGUGCUCUUGUCCAUGCUUCCUCCUGGUGCUCCUGCUCAGUUCAGGAAGCUUUUUCCACCGACGAGAUGGGCCUGUGAAUUCAAUGCCACGAUAACAGUACCCUUCUUCGACUGGCUAGUUGGGCCUUCAGAGGUCGUGGAAGUGGAGGUAAAUGGAGUAAAGCAAAGAAGUGGAGUGCGCAUAAAGAAAUGCAGGUAUUUGGAGAACAGCGGGUGCGUAGGAAUGUGCGUUAACAUGUGCAAAAUACCCACGCAAGACUUCUUCACCGACGAAUUUGGGCUUCCAUUAACUAUGACCCCAAAUUUCGAAGAUAUGAGCUGUGAGAUGGUGUACGGGCAGGCUCCACCGCCAUUUGAAGAUGACCCGGCAUCCAAACAACCUUGUUUUGCAGAUAUUUGUAAGCGCCAACUGCUAAAGGCUCUUUGGCAAAUCCCAAUUCGAGCGUCUGUCCCAAGCUGCAAACCUAACAGAAACAGCUCCUAUUUCAUUUCUUCGGGAAGUGUUGGGGGCCGUGACUAUGGCGCGACAUUCAAAAGUAACAGAAAAAGAUCAAACUCGCAGGAAUUGUUUGUUUGAACUAAUGGGACUGCUCUAUCUUUGACUAGCGAACUCGUAGUCGUAGCAUUCCGCGUAAUUAAUGCAUAUAAGUUCGCCAAUCACACUACUGUAAUAUGCUGGUUUCUGGUGUUGAGACUUUUUUUAACUCACUUUGAUGACCUUGUCGUUUGUUUUCA